UUGAAGCGUGCUUCCAUUAAAACAUACUUCAAGCCGCCGAAGAAGAUUAGCCAGUUUUUACCAUCAGUCAAGUGUAAUGUCCCUCUGCAAGAUGCAGGAGUGUACAAGCUUGAUUGUGAAUGUGGUUUCUCUUAUAUAGGACAAACUAAAAGAUCUCGCGUCUUGCUGAUAAUGGCAAGUUAUUCCAUAAUCGGACAGCUUGUAUUGUGA